AUGGCUCUUCCCACAUGGCCGAUUUUCCUGCUCAUCCCAACAGUCAUUCUGCUACACCUGUUUGCAUCGCCAUACACCAAAGUCGAGGAAUCAUUCAACAUCCAAGCCAUCCACGACAUUCUGAUCCACGGCAUCCCAACCGAAAACGCAGACCACUUUCUCACCGCAAACUAUGAUCAUGUCUCGUUUCCGGGCAGUGUGCCCCGGACCUUUGCAGGCGCGUUGGUUCUGAGCGGGCUAUCGAGGCCUUUUGUUUGGCUGGUGCGAGAUGUCGCGCACUUGCAAUUACUCGUCAGAGGUGUGCUUGGCAUGUUGAAUGCCGCUGCGCUCAUAGCCUUUGGACGGAGUGUACAGCUGCCUGGGGCAUUUGGGUCGACGGCGGGAGUCUGGUAUGCUUUGUUUCAGGCGAGCCAGUUCCAUGUCAUGUAUUAUGCUUCGCGGACGUUGCCCAAUAUGUUUGCAUUCAUCUUUAGCAAUUUGGCACUGUCCAGUCUGAUGAAUGCGUACGCAAUGCCAUGGAGUCGUCAAGAUGUCUCCAAGUACCAAAGAUUAAGUCUCUAUCUUUUAACUAUUGCCGGUGUCGUCUUCCGCUCCGAGUUGGCUCUCCUAGUCGGCACAAUCACUCUCUACCUCUUCAUCACCCAACGCACCUCCAUUGUCCGCACUCCUUCUUCUGGCAAUCUUUCCCCUUGUGGCCCGAAUGGACCGCCUUCUACUACAACACCAUCCAAGGCCACUCUGCAGACUGGGGCAUCUCCCCCUGGCACUACUACUUCACCAACGCCCUCCCCCGCCUCAUGCUCAAUCCAGCCACCUACCUCCUCUGCAUCCCCAUCGCCCUCCUCAACCCCGCAACCCGCCGCCGCAGCCUAG